CCCUCUCAGGCUCCCAGCAUUCCAAGAUUUCUUCUUCCUUCAUCAUUAUUAUAUAAAGCACCAGCCUCCUCGAAGAUCUGAGAUCUUAUUAUUAGUUCUUUCAAUUUGAAGCGGUUCUUUUUCAAUUCUUUGUUGAUUUUCAUUCAUCUCUUGGUUCGGGAUUGUUUGUGAAUGGUGGAAAUUCUGAGUAAUUUGUUAAUGAUCUCCCCCUCGACUUCUUCUCCAAGAAGGGGGGUCUCCGUUUCUUCUUCGUUCUCUUUUGGCUCCUGCAAGGAAGGCUGGUACUACCGCUGCCUAGGCGUCGACCCUUAGAUUUACUGUUGUUGCUCGCUUGUGAUUUUGUGUUUUUUUUCGUUUUGGUUUUCUUAUUUUCCUUUCGAACCGGAUUGUUGUUUCUUCGAUUCGUAAUACUCUUUGUUUUUGUUUCUCGAAAGAAUUGGAAUUGAGUUACUCAUAUAUUCAUUCGAUAAGGAUUUGAUUUAUUGAUUGAUUGAGUAAAAAUGUUGCUUUACAAGCCGAAGAAGAGUCAGGUAGGGAAGGGCGGCAACCGCCUUUUGUUAAACAUUACUGUGCUCGGAAGCGCCGGCCCUAUCCGGUUCGUUGUUAGUGAGGGAGAACAUGUGGCUUCUGUGAUCGAUACCGCCUUGAAAUCUUACGCUCGGGAGGGUCGCCUCCCGGUUCUCGGGUCGGAUGUAAACAACUUUGUUCUCUAUUCCCCCAAUGCUGGGACCGAAGCUCUGAGUCCAUGGGACAAUAUUGGUUCGUUUGGGGUUCGUAACUUUGUGCUGUGCAAGAAGCCGCAGUCUGAGAGAAGAGUUGAUGGAGGAAGAGAGGCAGCAGCAUAUGUUCGCAAGGGGUCUGGCAGCUGGAAAUCUUGGUUCAAUAGGUCUCUCAGUCGCAAGAUCGUGUCACAUUGAGAACCCCACUAGACUUACCACAACAUUAUUGUGGUGGUGAUGAUGAUUCUGUGUAGAAGCCUUUGAAGGUUUUACAUACAUAGGCUGCUUCAAGUGUGCCUUUAAUUUCUUUUUAUUGAAUUCAAUAAGGAUGAUGUCCAGGUGUGCUGUUUGUUUUGCUUUGUUAAAUGCUUCUGUUGCUAUGUUGACAUUGUUCACUAACAUUUGUUAGUGUUCAUCAUCCGUAAUAAAAUGUUUUACAUUUUGAUUCCA